UGAAAAACCGGAUAUGAGCGUCCAACGCGAUGUAUAGACUUAGCAAUUACACAUUUUACAAGACACGCGAUUUAAUGAUCUCAAACUCUCCGUGCGCUGCGCUCCCUCAAUAGCUCCACACGCAAGCUCAUUGACAUGGAAAUCGCAUAUAUAAUCCAGCCAGCCAAUUUGAUAGUGUCAUGUGUGGAGGUCAUGUGACUCACAUCCCAGCGUGCAUCACCAUUGAACACUCGUACUCGCAGGACACCGUCUAGUCCGCGCUCAGGAAGGCUUGCAUCCGUUACUACUGUACCGUGGUACGGGCAUUUGGCGAGGCGCGAAAGCAAUACGAGCUCUAUGCGCGGCUGUCGUUCAUCGCCCAAGGACUAUCUACGGUAGAUAGCAAGCACGAAGCAGCGGUGAGGAGUGGGGCCCUAUGGUGACACAGCUCUCCAUACAUUAAACAUUAUUAUCGCCCAGUGCUGGAUGUAACAUCUGGUUUGCUUGGUUGGAUACGUCUGUCUCGCCAUCGAGCGAGGAACUACGAGCUUUGCAACCAGUGAAACAACCUGUGCGUAAAAGACUUUGUACACAAUCAAAGAAGUGGCGUCUGGUACUACAUUCUUUCCCAAACGACACCAGACAAACGGUUGGCUUUCAUCUAUUCAGCAGGUUUUCCAUCGGUCCUACAGAAAACAAGGAACUUCACUCCCAGGAUUCUAACCAGCCGGCUACCACCAUGCGCGCCUUCUACCCCUUAGUCCUCGCCUCCCAAGUCGCCGUGGUCUUGGUCCUGAUCCUGGCGGGAUACUGGACCGGCCACUACCUGGGAGGCUUUGCCUGGGACGGGUCGGCCAAGGAAUUCAACCUGCACCCGCUGCUGAUGAUCCUGGGGCUCGUCUUUUUCUAUGGAGAUGCCAUCCUGAUGUUCCGCAUCUUCCGCAAGGAGAACAAGACGGUGGUCAAGGUCAUCCACAUGUUGAUGCAAUCCAUCGCCAUCAUCUGUGGGAUCAUCGCCCUCAAGGCCGUCUUCCGAUUCCACAACAAGGCCGGCAUUCCCAACAUGUACACCUUACACAGCUGGGUCGGUCUACCUGUGUUUGUCUUGUUUUGCUUACAGUACAUCGGCGGCUUUGUGUCUUUCUUCUUCCCGAAGCUGAACGAAACGAGAAGGGCUGCCGUCCUGCCUUACCACAAGUUCUUCGGGGUCACGCUGCUAGGGUUGGUCUGUGUCACUGCACUGACUGGUAUCAAUAAUAAGCUCUUCUUUGCUAUGCCGGGUGGCGAGGGGAAAGACAAGUACUCCAGCCUCCCGUCCCAGGCCUACGUGGGUAACUUCCUGGGCCUGGCCAUCGUCAUCUACGCGGUCUUUGUCGGCUUCCUGGUCACCUUUGACGAGUACAAGCGGGAACAGGAGGCCCCCAACCCAGAGAAGCUGCCACUGACCACGGCCGAGAUGAAGCAGUUCCAGACGAUGGACCCCGCUGACCCCUCGGCCGGGGAGGAGGCCAAGUAGAUCGCCCCUUGACCCUUCAACCCUGACCCUGACACCUGUAUGGGGUCAAUUUCUUGGAGCUACUAUCAAGCAGACACAUUUGUGAAAACACAGAAACUAUUUGCUUGGCAAAAACCAGUGUACCAUGUCUGGGUGGUUUGAUCACAAUUCAUCACAAGUCCAUCUCUGGAAUAUAUCAUCUGUCAAUCAUAAAGUAAUCCAGUCCCAACUCAAAUCAUAAGCUUUUCAACUAAACUGAAUUGUGACAAGGGCAUUCCUUUGUAUACUGUUCAUCCUCUGUUAUCAAUGCCUGGAAUUGUGAACUUCUUGUGCUUUACUUGUGACUGCACUUGUGAUGUAGGAGCCUAUAUACUGUCUACUUGCGAUCCAUACAAGUUCCUAAGCUGCAACACUAUACAGGCUCUAUACCAGCUAAAUUGUCACGCAGUGUGUCUCUUAGGAUUGGUUAUCAGCUGAUCGGUGCUAAGCACACGAAUUUGCUUAACAAAUUUUGUCUGUGUUGUAGCUUCAUAAAAUUGAGCCUAGCUUGUGCUGUUUCCAGCCCCUUUAGUAGUAGCGGAGAUAAAAAAUGAGCUUAACUGUAUCCUCCUGGAACCUUACCCAAAUUAAACUAUUAUCCUUAUUCAGUAUUCCUAUUAACUCUAAUUUGCUAACCGAUAAAUCCUUUCACUCCAUCAGUAAGAAGAAGCCAAAUUAUAGAUGAUGCAGCUUAUGUAAAUGCUUUGCCUAUAGCCUUCAGGUUAAAACCUAUACACUAAAGGUUGUUGAUAGACAGUGUGUACAUCACUGUUAACCCUUCAGAAAACCCUUCAGAAAGUCACUGGAGUCUAUCCUAGAUUUUAAAAGUGCUACAUGCAGAACUUCAAUAAAACAAUAGUCCCGACAUUUGGGUGUUUCACCGUAAGUGUUUUACCGUAAGCCUUAGCCAGACUUGAAGUUUGGAAAUGGUGGAUUACUAUUGAAUGGGAUUAGGAUUUACAGAUGAUUCUGUAACCAUAAGAUUCUGAUUUGGAUUUAAAAUGAGAAGUUCUUUUUUGUUAAGGAUUUUGAAUUGCCACGUGACAUGAAGUUGUUGGGAAAAGAUGGUAGCUAGCUGCUAUUAGUGACAGUAGUAGAAAAUAAAAUAUCAUACAAAUAAUGGAUUUUUAUGAGUGCAAUGGUAAGAAUAAUUUCAUGAGGUGAUAGAUGGUACAUUACAUCUGUCACCGAUCACCAAAUGAAUUUAUUCUUUCCAUUGCACGAAUGUGAAGCAUUCACUUGUCUUGUACAACACCUGAAUAAAUCCUCGUCAUCUCGGCCAGAGCUACCAUUAGUGCGACCGUGCAAUAGAACUUUUUUGCGGUUCGGAUGAAUAAUUCAAUGACAUGUGAGCAAAGACCAACCAAUCAGAUGACGGGGAUUUGUUCAGGCAUUGUAUAAAAAAUUAUGUCAUGAGCAAAAAGCUAAGUACGACUUGUUCUGUUUGUGCGUUUCUCUGUAUUCAAUAAUUAAAGGGAUUUACCAGCAGCAAAGUAUGCCUUGCUAUGUGUGUAAACUAUCAACGUAUAUUCCAGCAAAUAAAUAUAUACAAAGUAUAUAUAGAGAUUUAAAGGUAACAAGUAUUAUUGUAAGUGAUUAUUGGAACAUAGUGUAUUCUAUUUUGGUGUUUCAUUGUGCAGUUAAAUUUUGCAUUAGUAGUUGAUGAAGAUUGGCGUAUAUACAGAGUGUGCUAAAAAAAUGCAACAUUUCAGUAAAUGAAACUUAAAACUGUUUAAUGUUUUUUUUUUCUUCAAUGAAAUUGUUUAUUUCAUUAAAGCCUGACUAUUUCUCAAUCCACUCCUUUUUACCCCAUUCCAUUUGGGUCCCUGAAUCCAGAAAUAUGAUCAAGUGAAAGGUGUAAAUUUUACUGGGGCCACUCUCACCUGUAUUGUCACUAACCUCAGUGCCAUUCAAUGCCUAUUCAAUGCUUAAGUGGUGAAAGUGGCCCAAGCAAAAUUUGCACUAUUUCACUUAAUGGAUGUAAUUUCUGGAUCUAGGGACUCAAAUGGAAUGGGGAAAUAGUCAGGCUUUGAUGUAAUAUACAAUUUCAUUGAAGAAAAAGAACAUUAAAACAGUUGUAAUUGUUUGUUUUCUGAAUGUUGCACCUUUUUGGCACAGCUGUAGUCAUGAUUUUGCAGACUUAGGGGAAAAAUUGGUUUGUUCUGCUGUAACAAAUUUCUGCAGAACUUUCAGAAACGAGAAUUGUGUCCCCAAAAUGAAGCAGACUCUUGGCAUAUGUUACUGCGGCUGAACAUUAAAGCGCCUGUUCUAGUUUUUAGUGUUACCGAACUUACUAUAUAAGUAUAUGUCUGUGGUACAUGUGAUUCUGUGAAGUAUUCAAACUUGGAAAGUGCUUGUUAUUAUAUAUUUAAAUAUUAUAUUUUGUCUCUAUGCCUUAAUUAAAACCCAAACCCUAAUCACACAGAGAACAUCACAUUAAUUUAUAAAUAAUUUUAAAAGGAGAAUUUAGUUUAAAAAAAAGGUCACAGAAUUAUAUUAGCUUAAUCUAUAUGUUUGAUAUAUUUUGAAGAGUUUGUGGUUCGAUAUUCAGUUCAUAACAUUUCGGCAAUAUAUUUUAGUUUGUAUGGUACGUGUAAAUAAGAUGGAUAGGCUUAAUGGUACUGAUAAAAUGUGUAUACGAACAGUAUUUAUGUUAAACGAUAUCAUUUAAAUACUUGGAAAUUUGAUUAACGAAAGCCAUGGUCAUAAAAAUAACUUGGCUUUCUUUAACUCUUUUUCCACCUUAUGAAACAAGGCUUUAAUUGUGAAGAUGCAAGUCGGUUAAAUGAAUUCACUGAGAAAAAAAUAGUCCUUUCCUUUUUUAGAAGACAAUGUGAAAUCAUAAACUGUAUCCUAAAUUGAAGAUGAUUUAAUUCCUAGUGACUCUUUCCAAUUCAGUCGUGUAAACCCACCAACCCAAUUCAAAAGUGGUGCUAAAACUUCAUAUUUUUGAGGUGUAUAUGAUACAACAAUGGUUAGUUGUGACUUAUUUUUAAUUAAGUAUCAAUUCAUCUUUGGUUUUGGUCUUGAUUGCCUUUUCUUUGAAAAUAUGGGAUCUAUGACACGAUUAUAACUAAGCAAAUAUUUACAGAAAAGAUGAUACAACGUGUUUCUGCCAUUAUUAUUGAUACAGGGUCAUAUUCUUUUUUAAAAAGUUUUCAGAUCCGGUUAAAAAAUAAGAUACUAGAAUCAUGAAUCUCUUUGGAAAAUUAAGAAUUCCACAGUGUCAAACAUUCCUUGGUGAAAGAUGUCGUCACAAGAAUUAUUAAGAUAAUUAUGACAAGUAUUUGUGUGAUGUCUUGCAUGUUUUGGAAAAAAAAAAUGUUGAAGUGCGUAUUGCAAACUAGUGUGUAAUGCCUGUAUUGUACAUGUCAACUGCUUGUAAAAAAGUGAAAUAAACAACUACAUCAAGCAGCCAAAA